UUGACUGACGACAAAACUCCAGCGCACAGUUUGUGCUUUCAAGGUCAGAUCAAGGUUGUUGUGAAGUCUUCAUAGACUACGAUGAAGGUUAUUGGCAGGGAGUUGAAUAAAAACUCAUCUGGAUAUAUUACGCUAAUUGCAGAAAAUGAGGAGGACAUGUGGUUAACGUACAACUUAGUCCAGGUUGGAGAUAAAAUGAGAUGUUCCACGGUCAGAAAGGUCCAAAAUGAAUCGGCAACUGGUAGUGUGCAGACGAAGCAAGUGAGAACCAACCUAACAAUAGAAGUAGAAAAAAUCGACUUCGAUUUGCAGGGUUCAGUACUUCACUUGAAAGGGCGCAACGUGGUAGAAAAUCAGUUUGUUAAAAUGGGCGCCUACCAUACAUUAGACCUAAGAAUCGAUGAAAAGUUCACUAUCACUAAAACAGAAUGGGAUAGUGUUGCAAUUAUGCUUGUCGAACAGGCAUCUGACCCAACACAACAAGCUGAUCUUGCUGCAGUUAUCAUGCAUGAAGGCCUUGCUUAUGUUUGUUUGAUAACAAGUACAACAACUAUUGUUCGUGCGAAGAUUGAUACUACAAUUCCACGCAAACGUCCAGGUUUACCUACUGCUCAGCAUGAAAAGGGUCUGUCACGCUUUUUUGAACAAAUAAUGCAAGCACUGGAGCGUCACAUUCGUUUCGACAUCGUCAAAUGUAUCAUAUUAGCCAGUCCUGGAUUUCUACGUGAACAAUUUUUUGAAUUUAUGAUCCAGACAGCAACAAGACAAGAAAAACGUGUAUUCUUAGAAAAUAAAUCAAAAUUUAUGCUUGUUCAUUCUUCAUCCGGUCAUAAACAUGCAUUGAAAGAAGUACUCACAGAUAGUGUUGUUAUGAGUAAACUAGUUAAUACAAAAGCAACAUCUGAAGUUACGGCAUUAAAUGACUUUUAUCAAAUGCUUAAAACAGAUCAAUCACGUGCAUUCUAUGGUUACAAACAUGUUAAGACAGCUGCUGAUGCAUGCGCUAUUGAUACACUACUGGUAACUGAUGCAUUAUUCCGUUCACGUAAUUUAAAUGAAAGAAAACAAUAUGUGGAGUUAGUCGACCAAGUUAAAGAUAAUCAAGGCACUGUACGCAUAUUUUCUAGCCUACAUGUUUCUGGUGAACGUAAGUUUCUUUUCUAUUGUUAUAUACUCUUACCCACUAUAAUAGUAAUAAUAAUUUUUGUGUACUGUUCACGUAAGAGAUAAACGGUGUUUGUAGUUGAUCAUUCAUAAAAUAUUCCAAUCACUUCAUCUGAUGAAAUUCUGAGCCGUCGCCAUUCUAUUCACUGCUACCAAUGUUGUAAUCUUCCCUCAACACUAACGUUAUUUAUUCCGUAACUCCACCGUAUGCGAACAAUGCUUGGAAAACAUCCAUGAUCUAAUGAUAACAAACUACGACAUGCUUUCUGCCUUCAAAGAUCACUUCUGACAAUCGUAAGAUAAUACAGAACAAUCUUCUGUACAAUAUACUUACGUUUAAUAGGAAGACAGGUAUAUUGUGUAUAUCGAUCUUCCUGGUUUAUAACAAUGCAAAUAUAUCCAAGUAAAACUAUCAAUGAAACGCUUAUUCUGAACCUAUCUAUAAAAACACCGGUAUGUUUUCUCUUAAAGGAUAAUAGCUGUUUCUGUUCAAUUGUUGUGUGUCACUAGUUAACAGUUUCCGUGUAUCAAAUAUUAAGUUUAAUAAUUGAACCAUUUCUCAUCAUUAAUUAACGUCAUAACUGAGUUUUACUUUAUUCUUUGAAUUUGAUGAUAUAAAAAUUUGUAGAGCUUAAUCAACUAUCAGGUGUAGCCGCAAUAUUGCGCUUCCCAAUACCUGAACCUGUGACAGAUGACGAAUCGAAUAGUUCUGAGGAUGACGAUAAUUAACUAAUUAGUUCUUCUACUUAACUUUGUACUCAAUGAAUUGUUUUUCCAUAAGUAAACAUGUAUAUUGUGGUGUGUGUCUUUCUAUCAAUAUUAUUAUUCUGAUUUUCAUUUUCAAUUGCCUCCUUUUUGAUAUCCUCAUUCUUUGAGUUCGUUGUUAGUAUUAUUAUUUAUCUUCACUCUUUAAUUAUCCUUUGCGCUGCUUUUACAUUGUUGCUGCGCUUAUAUAAUACCGUGAAACUUACAAUCAGUAUCCAUUUGUGCCAAAUCCUAAGUUCUGUACUUUCAUUUGUCUCUCCUGUACAAAAUUAUAUUGAAGUGUUUGCUAUUUCUAUGGUAUCUUACUUAAAUUUAAAAAUAAUUUCGUAUUAUAUCUUCGGGGAUGAUCUUAACAUACGCAGGUGAAUUUGCUAAUCGGACUUACGAUUCCCGAUAGAAAGAAAUAAACUUAUAAAAUUUACUUCCUAACCUCCUCUGAAUGACAGUUGUUUCCUUUGAGUAAAAAUAAUCCAUGUCUUUCAAGUCUUGUUGUCCCAAACUAACCAUUGUUUCAAUAAAUAAAACCUAGGACUUUGUACAAAUGUGUGUCAGUCCAAG